CGAACCACUUCGAAGCCAAAUUCAAAUCCCUUGCGCUCUCACGCGGUCACCGGCCAAACACCUGCCAUCGUCUCCUCCCCCGGAAGCACCGGCGGCGCACAAACGACGGCGAAGCGAGGCAGCGAGCAUACGGUAACCAACGUCCUCCCUCCCUAGUCCCCGUCGGACCUACGGACCCCAUCAGACCCCAUCCCAUCUCUCUUCUCCAGUUCGCGGCUUGUUGAAGCGACAGAGGUUAGGGUUUCGGCCGUCGCCUCCCCGAUGGGGGCAGAUGCUGGUAGACGGGUGGAGGUUGCUAACCUCCUUGCCCUCGCCGACGACCUCGUCGGGGUGCUCCGCGGCAGCAAGGACGGCGAAGCCCUCGCGCAGGCCUGUGACGGGGCGCGGUUGCUGCGUUCCGCCUGCCGCUCCGAGUCCGGCGACCUCGAGCUCCAAGUAAAAGAGUAUCAGGAAAAAAUAAACUCCUUGGAGGAAAAGUUGGACAAAGCAACAGCUGAAACAGUUACUGAUGAAAAACUGAGCGCGCUGCAAAAUGAGAUGGAAGAGAAACUCCAGAAUGAGCAACAGCUUCGCCAAGACUUAAGAGCAAUAAGUAAGGAGCUUGAUAGCCUAGACCUUCAAAGAGCUUCUAUAGAAGAAAGGAGAGGCGCUGUCAAGAAGAAGGAGAAAGACAUGCUGAAGGCACAAAGUAUGCUUUCCAUGUGUGUGUCAGUUACAAAUAUCAUGCCAGAUUUUGAAGAUCAGGAUAAGAUAUCUGGAUAUAUUGUUGAUAAGAACAGGAAAAAGAUAGAGAAGUUCGAGUUUGAGAAGACAACACUACCAGUUGAGAUCUGCAAUAAGCUUUGGGAAAUGAUUUAGAGCCAGCUACCCGCAGACUAUAGUUAUUGUACGACAGCAGCAAUUUCAUUUGUACACUAUUGUGCAAGGUGAACCUCCCACCAAUUGAGAAGAAUGCAACUCACUCAGUUGCUCCUAAUGACAGUUUUAUGACACCAUGUUCUUUUCUUGGCAAACAGACUAGCCCAUGUCUGUCCUCGAUUUGGGUUCGGUUUGGUGCGCCGAUCUUCCACCAACUUUAGUUUGAGAAGCCAAGUUUAUAUUAGCAGUUGCUACACUGUGUGUGUUGUACCUGUUGGGCCUGUACAAUGGUGUGUAAGUUUGCCCAGUUAUUUUUGUUGGCUGUGUUUCACACUUUUUCUUGACGUUUCUUACUACUUGUGUUGCAUGUUCUGUAAAAUGAUGUUAAAAUCUGAUGAUCAUCACCUAUUCAUUUGCCACGUGCAGAACUAAGUGAAAUGCUAUGAUAUUGUUUCUA